CUGGGGUGGGGGGCACAGAGGAAAAACUGUGAACUAACUAGUAGCUAGAGGUUUGGGGAGUGAAGGAGGAAGCCAGAUGGGACAAAAAAGAACUGAGAGAGGCAGGAAGAGACCCUCCCCACCCACCACUGGACAGCCAGAGACUGGUGCUAGAAUCAGGGACAGGGAGGUAAGGAGAUAUUUUUACAUCGUUACAGAAAAAGAUGAAAGCUCAGAAAAGGAAGAGAGGUCGGAGAACCUGCAAAGCUGUGCAUGCGGGGUGAGAACUGCUCAGAGUUCAGAGAGGUUUGGUGCUGGAAAGGACCCGGGAGGAAGCUUUGGUCCAAUUGCUGAUUUCACAGAGAGGGAAACCGGGACCUGCAGAGGGGGCGGUCUGCUCCUUGAUGCCCAGGGCGCGCGGUCCUCCCGGAACCCCGCCUAGCUUCCUGCGCAGCGCACAACAGCGCCUUGCGCUGCGGGCCGGCCCUGCCCUCGCGUGCUUGUUGUCGAGUUGCAGAGGCCACCGGCUCCCUGGAAACACCUGGCCCCGGGCCGGGAAGGCACGCCGCGCUCUCAGAGCUGGGCUGGAGUCGGUGCCCUUGGCGGCCCUGGCUCGGGCAGUAGCGGGCUUGGCCCUAGGGAACGCUGGAAAUGCUGCGACCCCCAGUUUUGUCCGAACGGAGACCCUCCGGGCAUUCACGGUCCGGCCUUCUACAGCGGCAGGGGAGCCGCGGCCUCCUGCAGGGCGCUCCGCGCGGUCCCCGACUACCCCGAGCCGAGGGGCGGGCUAAGUCCGGCUGAGCUCCCCAUGCUGCCACCCCGCCGCCCCGACUUCCCCGGGGCGGGCCUAAGAGCUCCUCCGGGAAGUUCAAAGUACUACAGGGAACAACGUUUGCAGAUGCUCUCCCAGCGCCGCGACCACCCUGUGCUUGGCCCGGGUCUCCCGGAGGCGUCCAGAGAGUGGGCUCGUGCCGGGACAAGGAAGAGGGUGCGCCCGGGCGGAUCCCUUCUCGGCCCCUGGACGUGAGCUGGCCGGGCCGGGGCUUGCACACCUCCGAGAACAGCUGUGGAGCUGAGCGGCGACCAAGGGGCCAGGCCGGGGCCGAGGACCGCGAGGACCACCGCGGCAGGCUCAGUCGGCGGUGGCCAGGCUCGCGCCGGCGCGGGCUAAGGCUGCAAAUUAGGCAAGCGGCGGACGCAGCUCUGCGCAUGUGCAGGAGGCGCCGGAGUUUCACUUCGUAACUUUUAAGUGGUCGGAACACUCCCUGCCUGGCCGGGUCCAGCCAGAUACGCCGCCGCCGCAGUGUGGGGGCAAAGGUCUCUCCUGGCCGUUCACUGGGAUCUAACAAAGAAGACGCCAGCCCCAGGAGAGAAAGUCACCACUUGGCAUUUCCUGGAGAAGGAAGCCAAGGCACAGAAUGGUUAAGCGGCUUGUUUGAACUGCGUGCCACUGAGACCUUCACGCCAGAGCCUGCUCGCAUAAUCCCUGAGCCACGCUGCCUCUCCUUUCAGCCAGGGGCUGUGUCAUUCCCUUUGUGCUCCAGGAUAGAGGAAAGCGUACAGACUGGUACCCCAGGAGCCGCUGCUCAGGAAAGCCCGGCAGGAAAUGCGUGUUGGGACUGAGGCCUGGCCCUUGGCAGCUUGGAAGGUGGCCGGGGCUGCCUUUGCCUUUGCCAGAGACAGCUCCAACUGAGGACCCCUCUAACGGGCCCUUCGGCAGUCCUUCGUUCCCCUGGCGUCUGAUCUGCCAGUGGCUUCUGCAAGAGUGAUUUUCCCAUCCCGAGUCCUUGAGGCUAGAGGAACUUCAGGACCUCUUAAGCCAGCAGCUGCAGCAACUUCUGUUCCUCUCUUUCUCCAUGUCACCCCCUCUGGGUAUCUGCCUGCUGUGUCCUGGGGAAGACAGGUGUGAUGACGGACUCCCCAUUCCUGGAGCUGUGGCAGUCCAAGGCGGUGACCAUCCGUAAACGACUGGGCCUCGGGGACCAGCCCAACGACUCCUACUGCUACAACUCGGCCAAAAACAGCACCGUGCUCCAGGGGGUCACCUUUGGUGGCAUCCCCACUGUCCUGCUUAUAGACGUCAGCUGCUUCCUGUUCUUAAUCUUGGUGUUUUCCAUCAUAAGAAGAAGAUUCUGGGACUACGGCCGCAUUGCCCUGGUGUCAGAAGCAGACAGUGAGUCCAGAUUUCAGAGAUUGUCAUCGACUUCCUCCUCAGGGCAACAAGACUUUGAAAAUGAGCUGGGAUGCUGUCCGUGGCUGACGGCAAUCUUCCGUCUGCACGAUGACCAGAUCCUGGAGUGGUGUGGGGAGGAUGCCAUCCACUACCUGUCCUUCCAGAGGCACAUCAUCUUCCUGCUGGUGGUGGUCAGCUUUUUGUCCCUGUGCGUCAUCCUGCCCGUCAACCUCUCGGGGGACUUGCUGGGCAAAGAUCCUUACAGUUUUGGGAGGACGACAAUAGCAAAUCUGCAGACUGACAAUGACCUCCUUUGGCUGCACACCAUCUUCGCUGUCAUUUACCUCCUCCUCACCGUGGGCUUCAUGCGACACCAUACUCAGUCCAUUAAGUACAAAGAGGAGAGCCUGGUGAGGCGGACCUUGUUCAUCACAGGACUCCCUAGAGAUGCCAGGAAGGAGACUGUGGAGAGCCACUUCCGGGACGCGUAUCCCACGUGUGAGGUGGUGGACGUCCAGCUGUGCUACAAUGUGGCCAAGUUAAUCUACCUGUGCAAGGAGAGAAAGAAGACAGAGAAGAGCCUGACCUAUUACAGGAACCUGCAGGUGAAGACAGGCCGGCAGACCCUCAUCAACCCCAAGCCCUGUGGCCAGUUCUGCUGCUGUGAAGUGCAGGGCUGUGAGUGGGAGGAUGCAAUCUCUUACUACAUGCAGAUGAAGGACAGGCUGCUGGAGAGGAUCACAGAGGAAGAACUCCACGUCCAGGACCAGCCCCUGGGAAUGGCCUUCGUCACCUUCCAGGAGAAGUCCAUGGCCACCUACAUCCUGAAAGAUUUCAACGCCUGCAAGUGUCAGAGCCUUCAGUGCAAAGGUGAGCCCCAGCCGUCCUCCCAUAGCAGAGAGCUCUGUACCUCCAAGUGGACAGUCACCUUCGCUGCUGAUCCUGAGGACAUCUGCUGGAAGAACCUCUCUAUCCAGGGCCUCCGCUGGUGGCUACAGUGGCUGGGCAUCAACUUCACCCUCUUCCUGGGGCUGUUUUUCCUGACCACACCCUCCAUCAUCCUGUCCACCAUGGACAAGUUCAAUGUCACCAAACCCAUCCAUGCGCUGAAUGACCCGAUCAUCAGCCAGUUCUUCCCCACCCUCCUGCUCUGGUCCUUCUCGGCCCUGCUCCCCUCCAUUGUCUACUACUCUACACUACUGGAGUCCCACUGGACCAAGUCGGGGGAAAACCAGAUCAUGAUGACCAAAGUCUACAUAUUCUUGAUCUUCAUGGUGCUGAUCCUGCCCUCCCUGGGUCUCACCAGUCUAGAUUUUUUCUUCCGGUGGCUGUUUGACAAAACUUCCUCGGAGGCCUCCAUCAGGUUGGAGUGCGUCUUCCUGCCGGACCAGGGCGCCUUCUUUGUGAACUAUGUCAUCGCCUCAGCCUUCAUCGGUAACGGCAUGGAGCUGCUGCGGCUGCCGGGCCUCAUCCUCUACACCUUCCGCAUGAUCAUGGCUAAGACGGCUGCCGACCGCAGGAACGUCAAGCAGAACCAGGCCUUCCAGUACGAGUUUGGAGCCAUGUAUGCAUGGAUGCUGUGUGUCUUCACUGUCAUCAUGGCCUACAGCAUCACCUGUCCCAUCAUUGCGCCAUUUGGCCUGAUCUACAUCCUGCUCAAGCACAUGGUGGACCGGCAUAAUCUCUACUUCGUCUACCUCCCAGCCAAGCUGGAGAAGGAGAUCCACUUUGCUGCUGUGAAUCAGGCCUUGGCAGCCCCCAUCCUGUGCCUCUUCUGGCUCUACUUCUUUUCCUUCCUGCGUCUGGGUCUGAAGGCCCCCGCCACUCUGUUCACCUUCCUGGUGGUGCUGCUCACCAUCCUGGUCUGCCUGGCUCACACCUGCUUUGGAUGCUUCAAGCACCUCAGUCCUCUGAACUACAAAACAGAAGAGCCCACAAGCGACAAAGGAAGUGAGGCAGAGGCUCAUGUGCCCCCACCGUUCACACCCUACGUGCCUCGGAUUCUGAACGGCUUGGCCUCGGAGAGGACAGCGCUGUCCCCGCAGCAGCAGCAGACCUAUGGUGCCAUCCACAACAUCAGCGGAACUCUCCUGGGGCAGUGCUCGGCCCAGAGCUCCGUGGACAAUGUGGCUGCUACCCCCCAGGAGGCCUGAGGCCAGGUCCCUCUGCUCUGAAAAGGUUCAUCCAGAAUGGCCUGGGGCUCAGGCCCUUGGCUGAGUGGGAACGUGUUGGGACUGCCCAGCUGAGCCAUUGGGUGCCGAUCUUUUCUAGUCCCAGCCAUGGUGAGGGGAGUGCUUGCAGGCCUCUCCCCUCCCUUGCUCACCCCAGUUACCCCCCGGCACAAGCUUCCAGUUCUGCAGGUGGGGGGACAUCCCCAGUAGUUUAUCGCCGAAACCACGUGGUGGACUUUUGCUCCCCAGACUGAUGAGUCCAGGAGAAUAUAUGGAGAGAGAUGUAACCAGGGGAAGGCCUCCUUCCUUCUGAGCACACACACUGCCCACCCCUCUGUAGGCACACGCAUAACUGAUAACCAAAGAGAUGCUGCAGUCCAGUCUGAGGUCUGGCUGGGCGUCCAGCUCCCCACUCCACGGCUAGUCCCUCCCCAGCCAGGCAGCCCCUCCAGGCUGCACCCAGACCCUGUGUGCCUCGGAUUUGGAAGGGUAGUGAGCUGUGGGGAGCAGGCUGGGAGGCAGCCAGUGUUCCUGCAGCUGUGCACACACCUCUACAUCCUGCUAGGGUUCUGUGUUUGUUUUUGUAUCGCAUUGUCGGGGACACUCUGGCCGGGUCAGGGUCACCCCACAGGCAGGGACAAGGACCACGCAUAAAGUGCCCAUUAGACCAUGGUUAAGAUCCAGCCUCUCCCACCUCUUGGGGGCUCUGUGCAGCACUCACCACCCCCCUCCAAGGACAGCAUGGUUGGCACACAGGAGGGGGUGCCUGGGCUGGGUGCAAGGCCAUCCCACUGCCCUUGAGCUGCGGCUCUGGCAGGAAGAAGGGGCUGUCCCUCUUCUAUCUCCUGGGGAUCCCUGGGGAUGGGAUAUAACUGAACUUCUGCCUGAGAAGCCUCCUCCCUGCUGCCUCCAGGGGGCACUAAGGCGCAAGCCUUUGCUGUGGGGGCCGGAGGGGGUGCGGAAGAGCAGGUUCAGCCUCCCUGCAGCCCAACUGGACCAGGGCCUUGGUGCCUCUGCAGGCCCUGCCUGAACCUGUCUGCUGGUCUUGUGGGCCUGGGCCUUCUCACUCGGGGACCCUCUUGGCGCUGAUUUGCCCCCGUGGUGCGGCCAGUGCUGCCUCUGCUCCAGCCACCCUGGCGCUGGAAGGGGUGGGGCAUUUGCCAUGGGUCGGGUGCAGCAUAGUCCUGGCCAGCGGCCUCAUCCCCAGCCAGCCUCCCGUGCCUUGGCCAGAAAGGAGGGACCUGCCAGCUCUGCUUGGACAACGGGCCCCCUGUGGGGUCGGGGUAUACUCAUAUCACUGGGUUCCAGCUGCUGUUAGAAAUAAAGUCAUUUAUUAUCAA